GCCAUGGGCUGAGCUUGACGGGCUCCGGGAUUUCCGCGUGGCAGGCCGAGCAUAAAGCGGCCGCAGUGACGGUGUUGGAGGAGGCCUGGCUCCGAGGAUGGAGAGAGCCAUGGAGCAGCUGAACCGUCUCACCAGGUCCCUGCGUCGUGCCCGCACCAUCGAGCUGCCGGAGGAUAGUGAAACUGCUGUUUACACGUUAAUGCCAAUGGUUAUGGCUGAUCAACACAGAUCUGUUUCAGAGUUGCUUUCAAAUUCAAAAUUUGAUGUCAAUUAUGCAUUUGGACGUGUGAAGAGGAGCUUGCUUCAUAUUGCAGCUAACUGUGGAUCAGUUGAAUGUCUAAUCCUGUUGCUAAAAAAAGGUGCAAACCCCAAUUACCAGGAUAUUUCUGGGUGCACUCCACUUCAUUUAGCUGCUCGGAAUGGCCAGAAAAAGUGUAUGAGCAAGCUACUGGAGUAUAGUGCUGAUGUCAACAUUUGCAACAAUGAAGGUCUGACAGCAAUCCAUUGGCUUGCUGUUAAUGGACGAACAGAACUGCUUCAUGACCUUGUACAGCAUGUUUCCAAUGUAGAUGUUGAAGAUGCAAUGGGGCAGACAGCACUUCACGUGGCUUGUCAAAAUGGCCAUAAGACGACUGUUCAGUGUCUUUUAGAUAGCGGUGCAGAUAUUAACAGGCCCAAUGUGUCAGGAGCAACUUCCCUCUACUUUGCUUGCAGCCAUGGUCAAAGAGACACUGCACAGAUUCUCCUGAUGAGAGGAGCCAAAUACUUGCCAGACAAAAUUGGAGUCACCCCACUUGAUCUUUGUGUACAGGGAGGUUAUGGAGAGACCUGUGAAGUUCUAAUACAACAUCAUCCUAGACUUUUUCAAACAAUUAUUCAAAUGACACAAAAUGAAGAUCUUAGAGAAAACAUGUUGCGCCAAGUCCUAGAACACUUAUCUCAGCAGAAUGAAAACCAGUAUCUUAAAAUCUUAACGAGUCUUGCUGAAGUAGCUACUACGAAUGGCCAUAAAUUGCUUAGUUUGUCAAGUAAUUAUGAGGCACAAAUGAAGAGUCUGUUGAGGAUAGUGAGGAUUUUUUGCCAUGUCUUUCGUCUUGGUCCAUCCACUUCCAAUAAUGGAAAUGAUAUGGGCUACAAUGGAAAUAAAACUCCAAGAAGUCAAGUGUUCAAGCCUUUGGAAUUACUUUGGCACUCAUUAGACGAAUGGCUAGCCCUAAUAUCUGCAGAAUUAAUGAAGGACAAAGCCAACAUCUCUUCUAUCUUGCUGAAGCCAAAAGGACCCAGUCAGCAAGAAGAUAGCAUUCCUACACCGACUUUUGAAGUAGCUUCAAGCGAGACGAAUGCACUUUCUGUGGAAACAGAGGGAUCUAAAAUGUAUGAAGUUGGCAGUGCCCAGGAAGCUUACGUGGACUGCCAAGAUGUUAUUUCUGUGACAGCAAACCGGCUGAGUGCUGUCAUUCAAGCAUUUUAUAUGUGUUGCUCUUGUCAGAUGCCUCAAGGAAUGACAUCUCCUCGCUUCAUAGAGUUUGUCUGCAAACACGACAAUGUUCUUAAAUGCUUUGUAAACCGAAAUCCUGAAAUUAUAUUUGAUCACUUCCAUUUCCUUCUUGAGUGUCCUGAACUUAUGUCCAGAUUUAUGCAUAUCAUAAAAGCACAGCCAUUUAAAGAUCGCUGUGAAUGGUUUUAUGAACACUUGCAUUCUGGACAACCGGAUUCUGACAUGGUUCAUAGGCCUGUAAGUGAAAGUGACAUUCUAUUGGUUCAUAGAGAUUCUAUUUUUAGGAGCAGCUGUGAAGUUGUAUCUAAAGCAAAUUGUGUAAAGUUGAAGCAAGGAAUUGCUGUACGUUUCCAUGGUGAAGAAGGCAUGGUGAGUAACAUUAUAUACUGGAUAAUAACUGUAACAUGUAGUUUUUAGGACUAUAAAUUUAAUCUAUUUUUUUUUAAAGGAACAACUUUCCAGCCCAAUAGCAACUCUUCUGUGAAUCCUGAUCACUUGAACUAUUUUAGAUUUGCUGGACAAAUCUUGGGUUUAGCUCUUAAUCACAGACAACUAGUCAACAUUUACUUCACAAGAUCAUUUUACAAGCAUAUUCUUGGUAUUCCUGUAAACUAUCAGGAUGUGGCAUCUAUUGAUCCAGAGUAUGCAAAGAACUUGCAGUGGAUUCUAGACAAUGAUAUCAAUGACUUGGGGCUAGAGCUGACCUUCUCGGUGGAAACGGACGUAUUUGGAGCAAUGGAAGAAGUGCCUUUGAAGCCGGGUGGUGCAAGCAUAAUUGUCACACAGGAGAACAAAGCUGAAUAUGUCCAACUUGUUACUGAGCUUCGAAUGACGAGAGCCAUUCAGCCUCAGAUAAAUGCUUUUCUUCAAGGUUUCCAUAUGUUCAUUCCUCCUUCUUUGGUACAACUCUUUGAUGAAUAUGAAUUGGAAUUGUUGCUUUCAGGCAUGCCAGAAAUUGAUGUAAAUGACUGGAUUAAAAAUACAGAAUAUACAAGUGGCUAUGAAAGAGAUGACCCAGUUAUUCAGUGGUUUUGGGAAGUUGUAGAAGAACUGACUCAAGAAGAACGGGUGCUGCUAUUGCAGUUCGUCACUGGCAGUUCUAGAGUACCCCAUGGUGGCUUUGCCCAUAUAAUGGGUGGUAGUGGAUUGCAAAAUUUCACAAUUGCUGCUGUGCCAUAUACGCCAAAUCUGCUACCCACAUCAAGUACAUGUAUCAAUAUGCUGAAGUUGCCUGAAUAUCCUAAAAAAGAAAUCCUUAAGGACAGACUUCUUGUGGCAUUACAUUGUGGAAGCUAUGGAUAUACAAUGGCAUAAUGAAGCGGGACAACAUUUCUGAUUGCUGAUGUGCAAUUCCUCGUGGCAAAAAUAAUUUGGCAAUCUGUCAACAGAAGGGAGAUGGUGGUAGUUAGGAAGAAGUCUUGGUUUUCAGUUGAUAGGUAGCAUCGAUUUUUACAAGUUGCAAAAGAUAACAGGGCAUCUCUUUCCUCUAUGCCAUUAAGCAUUUUUACGGAUAAUUCUGAAACUCAGUUUUUAAAUGCUAUUUCUCCAUUAAACACACCAUAUAUCCCAGUCCAUCUCUCUAAUCUCUGUUUUUUAUUGGAACACUCUGAAGCUGUUCUAGUUGUAACAGAUGUGAAAUGUGUUUGCCUUUCCACCCUAACUUUGCCAUUAGUAAGGGUUGCAGUCAAGUAUAAUACUAGCUGACUGUGUUAUAUAGGCAGAGAGAUGCUAUUCUCCUCCAUGAUUAGUGUGAGAUCUGAAAAUCACUGUCUUUAACUUCCAAGGGCUUGUUCAUUCCUGUAAGAUGACAUAAAUACUAAGCAUGUUAGAAAUAUUGUAUACUUUUUGCCCAUGUAUUUUCUUGCAUGCAAAAAAGUGACAUAUAUUUAUUUAUUUAUUCUUCAGGGGACAUUGAACAAAAUUAGAGAACAAAAUAGCAAAUGUGAUUUAUUUUUUUCUGCUAAGUUUAAAUACUUUUUUAUUUUUCUAGUUAUUUAAUAUCUAAACAUCUAAAAGGCUUAUUGGCAAAAAAUUAAAUUUCUGGAAAUAAAAAAAAAUCUGUAUUGUACAUUUCAAAUGCACAACGUAGUCACAACUGAACUAUCAGCAAUUUCAUGACCUUUGAAAACAUGUAUAUUUAUUUUAAAGGAAUAUUUCCCUUUAAUGGGUAAGGAGUCAUUUUCUGGUGCCUGAACUUUGAAAAAAAUAUUCAUUAAAAUGAA